AAAUUGUCAUCAAAUACGUAUUAUACUUUUUUGAGGCGUUUCCACGGUAUUCAUGAAUAUUUAUAAAUAUCAUCUCUGGUAAUUUGGUACCACUUACUUAUUACCAUAAAACACGAUUUCAAUAUCCUCCGUAUAAUAAAUAAUACAAAGUUAUAUUAAGAAUAUGAACUAUUGUCUGACAGAAUGACUGGUCAAGAUAUAUCUGAUGUUAAUAAUUCUUCCCUGCGUGAAGAUUUAGUAAAAGCGGCAGUACAAUUUUUUCAACAUCCUAAAGUUUCAAGAACUCCAUUCAAUAAAAAGCAAGAAUUUCUUAAAAGAAAAGGUUUAACAGAAGAAGAAAUUAAAAGAGCUUGCGAGUUAGUCGGUGUUAAUAUUAAUGAGGAAAGGAAAUUCGAUAAUCAAAAUGAAUACACAACGAUAUCAAUACCAGAUAAUAGACCUCCUUAUCCAUACUUCCAAAUGCUAUCCUCUCAGUCCACAUUAUUACAAAAAAUUAAAGAAUUUUUUAAUGUCACCGCUGUGAUCGGAGCUACAUUGUAUUGUGUUUAUUGGUUUUAUAAGGAAUUUAUUAAACCAUUUUUAUAUGGUCGUAAGAAAAAAGAUAGUAUAACAGAUUCUGUUACUGAAAUGGAUAAGGCAAUCCAAAGUUCUAUAAAAGAGAUGAAAGAUUCAAUUUCGAAGGUGGAGAUUGAUGUAAAAAGAUUAUCACAAAAUCAAUCGAUCGACAUAGCAAUUCCACAGCUUGUACAAGAACUGAAACAAGAACUAUCUAGUCUAAAAGCACUCCUUCUGUCAAGAAAACAGUUUCCCAGUGCUCCAGCAUCUAUUCCAUCAUGGCAAUUAGGCACAAGUACAGUUCAAGAAAAAGCAACAGAAAGAGAAGAUGAUGCUGGAAGUGGAAGUAGCACUAAUAAUUCAGAUAGUUCUUUGGAAAUUGUACGAGACGAUCCACCUAAAGAUUAAAUAUAAAACAAACAAAUAAAUUA